AUGUCUGGAUGCGCCAAUGCUGGUCAAGCUCUCAGCAGAGGCUUGAAGUUGUACACGUCCAAAUCUGCAUAUACACUGCCCUUUCUCUAUCAGACUCCCACCCUGCGCCGCUACUACAGCGCACUACAAGACCUGGCCAACGAGAACGCCCCAACGCCCGUCCGGAACAUCAGACUCAGAAAAUCAAAGAUCCCCAGAGAACCUACACCCACUACCGCUCCUUCCCCCAAAACGCCAGAGUACGAAGAUUUCGUGCCCUUUGAAACUUCCAGAGCGACAGAGUCGGCCGUCGUCCAACAAACCGUUCAAGGAGAGUCUCUUACAGGGACAGAGCGUAAUGCUUUCGCCCAACUCGAAGCUCUAGCCAAUGCUCCUAAGCGACCCGUUGCCAGGAAGAGGGAAUCCGUAUUGAGUUUAGACGAUGUGCUCAACGAAGCGAUUUCUGCCAUCGAGGUCAUGGAGCAUGAACAGAUCCAACGCCGUGAACAAAAUCCCACGUCCACAAAGAAAAGAUCAAGAGGUGGCUCACAAGCAGCAAAUGCAACAGCGGCCCGGAGAACUCCUGGAAAGAGCGAAAAUGACAGUCUCGGUCUCACCACUGCUCCAGACACAGCGGUAUCCCGCCCCAAAGAGCAAAAGAAGACGGACUGGAUACCAAUCACUCGCGAAGACAAACGCGCCCUUUUUGCUUUACGGCACUCGGACGUGACAGAUCCAAUGCACUGGUCCGUCAAGAGAGUAGCAAAUAAGAAAGAGCCAGCGCCGGAGCCAGCACCACAAGGAUCAAACACCUCAAUAUUCAGAGAACUCGCCGAGAACAACAAACGCCUCCUUACCGCCAUCCACGUCGCAUCCACAGACACCGAGCUCUGGGAAAUCCUCGAGACAAACUUCUUCCGCGAAAUCGGCCUCUUGCACCUCGACAGUCCUGCCCCUACCUCUGCAACAAUCUCCUCCGAACGCCGCAGCUUCCUCAUGCAAGUCUUUCCCUUUCAUCUCAUCAAAGCCGCCUCCGUCCUCCGCACCUUCUUUCCCACUUCCAAUCUCAUCCUCGCCAUUCUACCGCGCAUAAAACAACUGGGUCCCUCCGCCUACGCACUAGCCGCCACAGCAGACCUCUACAACCAACUAUUCGCCUUCCAUUUCCGCAAAUUCUCAGACGUGGGAACUUGCAACGAAUUGCUUCAAGAAAUGGAGGAUAACAUCAUUGAACCCGCCCCUCCACCCUACAAGUCUUGGAUUACAUCCUCCACUACCGCAACGAAUGCGUCCACAAUGAGAAGUUGGGACAAGCGGUAA